UGUAGUUAGGGUUUUCACGUGUUUGUCGCUUCAUCCCCAGAACCAGAGAACCAAAGUUGUAUCAAAGUUGAUGAGAGCGUCGGAUUCGAGUCACGGCAGAGUCAGAAGAACUCAGAAGGUCCAGGAACCAAUUUAAACCGGGUUCAUAACUCGGUUAUUCAAUAACCGGUUGGAUCAUUUUCUUCGAACCUCCGUGAGUUCUAAAUGAGAAGAGGACCUUCUCUGUUGGUUUAGACUUUAGAGGGCUUUCUCUCGUCGGAGUCACCUAUCUCUUCCGUUUCAUUUCAAGUGUCUUACCCCGGUGGCAGAGAAACGUAGCUUCUUCUGUCUCAAUCUGCAUAAAUAUUAUCCAUGAACAGGGUUCUCGCAAGGAAGCUUGGGACAAAUGUCUUUGGAGCAAAUAUAGUAUUGCGGAGGACUUGUUCAACUCAUGUGAUUCAUAAUGUUACUAGUUCUGGUUCCAAUGAGAGUAUUGCAGAAAAGAAUUCCACUGAAGAUGGUCCACAACAUGACAUUGCUAUUGUCGGCGGUGGAAUGGUUGGAAUCGCUUUAGCUGCUUCUUUGGCAAGCAAGCCAUUGACGAAGCACUUGAAUGUCGCAAUUAUUGACAAUAAUCCUCUUCUGGGGAGAAAAAAUGUUAUAGAGAAAGGUCUCCCACCUGAUCCUAGGGUCAGUACAGUCACACCUGCAACAAUAUCAUUCCUCAAAGAUAUUGGUGCCUGGAAAUACAUUGAGGAACAGCGACAUGCGUAUUUUGAUAAGAUGCAGGUAUGGGACUACACAGGCCUUGGAUAUACAAGGUACAAUGCCAAUGAUGUACAUCAAGAUGUUUUGGGGUGUGUAGUGGAGAAUAAAGUUCUUCAGACAUCUCAGCUAACUUGUGUACAGGAAUCAGAUCUCCAGAAGACUAUUUAUCCUGCCAGGUUAAACGCGAUGGAUAUGCUACCUAGCUCUUCGUUGACAGGUCUUGGUGAAGUACCAUCCACUACAGACUUGUUUAUGCGAGGACGCCUGGCUAAGCUGGAGCUAAGCGAUGGAAAUAACAUCUAUGCAAAACUGGUGGUAGGCGCCGAUGGUUCUAAGUCCCGAGUGAGGGAGUUGGCAGGGAUCAAAACAACUGGAUGGAACUACUCACAAAAUGCUAUAAUUUGUACUGUUGAGCACACUGUCGCAAACUACACAGCGUGGCAACGGUUUUUACCCAAUGGCCCCAUCGCUCUUCUUCCCAUUGGUGACAAGUUUAGCAACAUAGUAUGGACUAUGGACCCAAAAGAGGCAUCAGAUCGCAAAUCAAUGAACGAGGAUGACUUCAUUAAAGCUGUAAACGACGCUCUGGAUACUGGAUAUGGUCCACAUCCAGAGACCACAAGUUCACGGGAUAGCCUCUCUUGGCUUACGGGAGAUGUGACCAUAUCUGCCAAGGAGAAGUUUGAUAUUCCUCCCAAAGUUGUGAAGCUUUCUUCAGAAAGAAUGAUGUUUCCUUUGUCAUUGAGGCACGCAAAAGAUUAUGUGUCAAAGCGUGUGGCUCUUGUCGGUGACUCAGCUCACACUGUUCACCCGUUGGCUGGUCAAGGAGUGAAUCUGGGAUUUGCAGAUGCAAGCGCUCUCUCCAAAGCCAUUGCAGAGGGCAUUGCUCUUGGGACCGAUAUUGGCGAGGCGAAUCUGCUCAAGCAAUAUGAAGCAGAGAGAAAACCUGCAAAUAUAGCAAUGAUGGCAGUUUUAGACGGGAUUCAGAAGAUGUACUCGGUGGACUUCGGACCGCUGAAUGCUCUAAGAGCAGCUGCAUUCCACGGGGCUCACUAUAUUUCGCCGCUUAAAAAGCGUAUCAUAUCUUAUGCUUCAGGAGAGCAAGCUUUGCCGCUGUUUUCAUGAAGAAAGCAAGUAAUUGAUUGGCAAAUACUCAUGAACCAUCUCUUCUUUUGCCAAAUAGAAAUGUAAUGAAGUGACUGAAAAUAGCUCUCGUAGCCCCUGUUUCAAAUAAGCCUGUUAUGUAAGGUGACAGUUGUAUUUAGAAUUUUAUAAUUUAGUCAAUAAUACAUUUUCUGAUACCAAA